AUGGAUAUCCACCGCUCCCGUUUCGUACCCUAUCCGCCCUCCGCGAUCAAUGCCCUUGCCUUUUCACAUACCGAAACCCUCGACGCUAACAGGGACCCAGAGUGUCUGAGACUUGCUGUUGGACGCGCCAACGGCGACAUCGAGAUAUGGAACCCAGCAAAUGGCGAUUGGUUACAAGAACGAGUCUUUCUCGGAGGAAAAGAGAGGAGUGUGGAAGGUCUGGCAUGGACGCAAGAACCGGAAGAACGAGACGAGGAUGGGAAGCUGGAGCCUGGGAGAUUGCGGCUGUUCAGUAUUGGGUACUCGAGAAGUGUCACCGAAUGGGAUCUAGGAACCGGUCUUCCCGCACGACAUUCCGACGGCACCCACAGCGAGGUGUGGUGUUUUGCGACGCAACCCAAAUCGACAGUACCGCAUGAGGCGGAGGCGUGCCAGAAUCUCAUCGCGGGCUGUGCUGAUGGCACCUUGGUGCUGCUUUCGACCGCAGACGACGAUCUCCGCUUCGAGAGGUUCAUUGCCCGAUCCACCACGAAGAAAGCUCGUGCGCUCAGUGUCACAUACAAGGACCGCCAUACCGUAUUAGCAGGCUUCGCGGAUAGCAUGAUUCGGGUCUACGACACGAGGAAUGGAAACAUCAUUCGAAAUAUCUCGCUUGGAAGCGGGCCCCGUAACGGACCCAAGGAGAUCCUAGUGUGGAAAGUGAAAUGUCUCCCAAAUGGCGAUUUUAUCUCCGGUGACUCCACUGGCGAUAUCAGAUUCUAUAGCGGCAGGAAUUACAGUCAGACGCAACGGAUAUCGGGUCACGAGGCCGACGUGCUGGAUCUGGCGGUGUCCCGCGAUGGCACUAGGAUGUUCAGUGGAGGCAUGGAUCGCCGAACUUGCUUCUAUACUUGCAACAAGAAGAUUGCCAUAGCUUCCGGAAAAUGGACUAAGGUCUCGCAGAAGAGGUAUCAUGAUCACGACGUCAAAGCUUUAGCUACCUACGACGGGGCAAAACUUAGUGUAGUUGUCUCAGGCGGAAUUGAUGCCCAGCCCAUCGUGCUUCCGCUCCGGCAAUUCGGGAAAGAGCUAGACCGCGGACUUCCGGCUCUACCUCACUCUCCGCCUGUAGUGAGCGCCCCCGAAGCACGGUUAAUGGUUAGCUGGUGGAACUGCGAAGUUCGGAUAUGGCGGGUCAAGUUUCAAGAAGUUGGAAUUGCAAAGCCCAAAGUUGUUGCUCGAUUGGCUUUGCAAGGAGAUGAGAACAUCUCGUCCGUCGCGAUUACACGAGACGGUGGGCUGCUCGCCGUAGCCACAGCGAGGGAAGUCAAGUUGUUUCAGCUUGUGCAGUCCAUGUCAGCGGUCGCCUCAACCCUUCGCAUUCGAAAACUUGAAUUGCCUCUCCGCCCAGGGGCUCGACUCGUACGGUUCUCUCCCGAUGGCAAAUGGCUCGCUAUAAUUACUGGAGCAAACGACAUCUCGUUGGCGCGUAUCAUCCAAUCAGAAGAUCCUUCAGAUCGGGCACGUAUGCUCCCCUCCUUGAUGCCUUUGCGUCGACGAGAGAGAGACCAGGCUUGGCGCGAUCCGUUGGAUGGACCUUCAGGGCACUACAGCCGCUCAAUCACACAUGCCGAAUUUUCUCAAGAUGGAAGCGUCUUUGCCGUCGCGGACUUGGCCGGAUAUAUUGAUACUUGGGUCACAGAAGGGCACGAGGAUUCCACCGCGCCUGAAAUAGACAUCGACGAAUCUCACGGUACGGCUUCCGAUGGCGAGGAGUCAGAUGUUGACGAAGACGCCAUCGAGAAGCCAAUGACGUUCUUGGGUCAGCGGUGGGUACGUAAUCCUUCUGGGCACUUGCUCCCUCGUCUGGAUUCGGCACCUGUAGUUCUUUCAUUCCAGCCUGGACAUGAAGAUUCCGGUCGACCAGAACCAAACGGAAACCCGGCCGUGCACCCGACUAGGCACAAUCCUCAUCCCCACUCGCAAGAUUUACCAGAUACAGAACACCGCCUUUUAGUAGUGUCUGCGGAUCGUCGGAUGUAUCUUUUUGAAGUUUUGGCCGGCCGUCUAUCAGAGUGGUCGAGGAGGAAUCCUCCCUCCAGCUACCCUUCUCAGUUUCGAAUGCUUGAUCUCCCAGCAAAGGGCUGUAUAUGGGACGUCACUAAAGAACAUCAACGCAUCUGGCUAUAUGGAGAGAAGUGGCUGUUCAUGUUCGAUCCUUCUAAGGAUUUCCCCAUCCCACAAUCCACAGGAGCGUCCGUGUUGACCAAUGGCGUCGAAGAGGCGGAAGGAGAAAUGUCGAAGAAGCGUAAACGAGAUGCAGCACGUGGAGUGUCAAGAAAGGGUACGAGCGGCGCGGGUGACGCGGUCCCCUCAAAAGAAGCACCAGUCACUAAGAUGCGCAAAUACACCAGUGGCGAGGACCCAUCCGCGAAACCACCUUGGAGAGGCCUCCAUGAUACGCGAAAAGCGGCAGAGUUUGACGACGACUUGGACGAUAAGCACCAGACCAUGGCUACUUUUCGAAGAUCUGCAGGACAGGAUAGCGUGGACUCUGCUCUUGGUGGAUUAGCGAAUGGCGAUAUGGGAACGGAAGAGAGGGACCUCAUCGAAGGAAAGAAUGGUAGAGAAGUUCUGGAACAGCGGAAACAAAACCCUGAGCCUUGGUGGCACACGUUCAAGUACCGACCGAUAUUGGGCAUAGUACCAAUUGGUGGAAGUCAUCAGCCUCUCGAGGUGGUACUCAUAGAGCGGCCGUCAUGGGAGGUGGAUCUUCCACCUCGUUUUGUUGGUACCCACGAAUAA